GUGCUGCAUAUCUGCCAUGAGUGCCAUGAACGAACGUCCCAUUUCACACGCACGUAUUAUGCAUGUCAGUGUCAGUCAGCACAGCCCCCCCCUGUCUGCCUCAACCGCACCACAUGUACACAGAGAUCCGUCCAUCCAGCCAUCACGCCACGCACCUCUCAGUGUCACGUCACUCGUCAUCGAGGCGCAUCUUCUUCCGCAUCUUGGCCUCUUCCUUGCCCUUCAUGCGAUAGUAAUCCCGCUUCAACUCCCUCCGCUUGGCUGCACGACGUGCCUCAUCCUGUCGACACACACCCACACCACACAGACAGACAGACAGACGCACAGCCAGAGUGCACGCCGCACCCAACCAUCCGGCCAAAUAUCGCACCCACCUUGGCAGCGAGUUUCUGUUUGAGUAGUCUUUUCCUCUGGCUGGUCUCCUGCUUGAGUCGCACUCUGUUCUUCUGGAUGGUGUGCAGGCGGCCCAGCAAAGUGGCGACGCUCUUCUCGUAGUCAGACAGGCCCACGCGCGUCAUUCUCGACACCAAAUCGGUCUUCCUCUUCUGCUUCUGGUCCAGCUGAUGGAACACACACACACACACACACGGAUCCACGUGUGAGCGUGUUUCUCUCUCUCACUGACUGACUGACCUUUGGCUUUGAUGCGAAUGGCAGGUUCUUCUGCAGCUCCUUGGGUAUCUUGAGGGGGUUGAACUUCCUGGGCGGCCGAUACGGCUUGGCGCCGUAGUCGCUGUCGGGCGUGUGGGGGAUGGGCACCUGCCGCUCCUGCCGCAGCUCGGCGAUGGUCUUCAUGCGCCGCCAGCCGCCCUCUUUGCCCUCGGUGGUGCCGACAUCCAGCACGGGGUUGUAGAAGCGCUUCGGCUCAACCUGUCAGUCAUGUGGGCGGACACACACACACAUACAUGUACAGGGAGAGAGGGAGGGAGAGGGGGGAGGGUCACGUGGCAGUCAGUCACCUUGAUCCAUGCCUUGCAGAUGACGAUGUCGCUCAUGAGGAUGCGGUCCUCGAAUGUGGCGCGGAAGCUGCCCCUGUCGUCCAGCGACUUCUUGAUCUGACCGCGAAUGCCGCUCACAGUCUGAAGCUUCGCACCUGCAUCGCAUCAGGGGACACAUGCGCAGAAAGGGAGAGAGAGAGAUCGCGAUAGGCGGAGCAGUUGCUGUGUGUGCCGUGUGUGUGCCGAAUCGAAUGCCCGGUCGCGUGACUGACUGACCGAUGCACUUGGAGACUUCGAAGCUGCUGGAGAACAUGUUCUUGAUGAAGGCCGUGUUUUUGAAGAUCUUGUAAGGCUCGCCAACCUGGCAUAACACACCACACCACACCACAGACCAUUCGCCGAUCCAUCCCCCCACACAUUGCACCGCACCAGUUUGAGUUUUUUGACGAUUUUGAACUCAGGCGAGGUCUCGAGCACCACCCCAGUGGCCGACACGCGGAAGUUCACAACGGGGUCCCACCGCCGAAUGGCCACCACACCGGUCGACGGCGGGGUGGUGGGCCCGUAGAAGGUGCACGUGCAGUGCAGGUGCUCCGGUGUGUACUUGAGCAUCCGCGUCCUGCACACAGACAGACAGACAGACAGACAGAGACCCAAAGGAUGUCAGUGCGACGAAGGAGUGUGGGGUGUGUGUGUGUAUAUGUGUACCUAAUUCCGUUUCUGUCUUCGAUUGCGUAGAGCGGCAGUGAUUGGAAGCGCCGCCACCCCAUCGACACCAGCAGCACGUCAUUGGCCUUGAGGAUCCGGGGAGCCCACCUGCACACGUCACGUGGCAAGCAUCGCAUCAUACACACGCACACGCGCCUUCACCCUCCCUCGAUUCCCCACCUGUGUUUCUUGAUCUUGACCUGCAUCAUGCCCAGCCCGCUCUCGCCGGGCAGGAUGCCGCCCAGCAGAACUGGCCGGAAGGGGUCCUUCUGCAGGGUCUCCAUCCAUGCCGGCGGGAUGCCCUCGACGGUCACGCGCACAUACGUCCCGAUGGCCAGCCCCUGGCCCGUCUCGGACGGCAUCCCCACCGCCUCAGAGAUGAGCGCCUGCCUCUCAGCCCGCUCGCGCCUCUUCUCCUCCUCGGUCUUCUCACCAGUUUCUGCCUCCGCCUGUUCCACCUUCGGCUUUUCCUCGGCGGCUUGUUUGUCAUUAUUGGCGGCCUUGUCGUCUUCAUCGAGCCCGCCCCCGGUGAUGAAGAAUGUGGCCUUGAGUGCGGCGAGGGUGGAUGGCGUCCAGAGCCUGUCGAUGUGGAGAAGGGACUCGGGGGUGCUGAAUGAGAGGGAUGGGGAGGGGGCGUCUGAGUGGGUCUCAUCUUGGCGGGCGUCGGUGUCGGGCUGCAUGGUGGGGGCCACAGAUGCCACAAAGGCGAGCAGGGGGAUCCUGAAAUGACAACACGUAUGGAUGUGACAUGGAGCGGGAGUCCUGCUCGUUCCGUGCAUUGCGUACUUGGAACAGUCUGAUCCAUCCGCCAGUGGCACAUCGGGGGGAAUGUAGCCGAGAAGGCUGGACGGAGCGCCCUCAGGCACCUGACAAACUCACACAAUACCCACUCAUGCGUGACACUUGAGUCAUCCGGCUGCCUGCCCCUGCCCCUGCCCCUGGCCCUUCCUGCCUGUCACACCUUUGCGGCCAUCUCCUCUUCGUCGCUCUCAUCGUCUUCGAACAGACUGAGCCGCUGGUGGUCGCUCUCCUCGCGAUCGAGGCCAUACUGCAGCCCCUGCCACAAGCCGCCCCCUCCAGACGCACACGCCUUGUCGACGCCCUGCCUGCCUUUGCGGCCGCCCCAGCUGCGCGAGAGCAGCUCCCAUCGCCUCUCGGGUGGGCCAUCGCCGCCGUAGACGAGCUCGGAGAGGGAGGGGGGACGCUCGAAGCGUAGACGGGCCUGCUCGGCCAGGUCGGGCUCGUCGGCCGCUGCCGGCUCCAGUUGUGCUGGUUCUUCAUCCUCAUCGUCAGGCAGUCCGUUGGCCAUGUCGGCAUGGUUGUCCUUGUGGUUGUUGGUGUCGAGCUGCCAUGACUCGUCUGUCUGCAUCAUCUCCUGGUCGAUGUCGUCAUCGUAGUCGUCGUCAUCGAGCUCGGCCUGGAUGCGUUGUCGCUCCUUCUCCGACUGGUUGCCGGUCUCCUCGUCGAGUCGAGAGGGGUCGAGCUUCUCCUUGAUCCGCCGCUGCCGGUCGCUGACCUUCUUGUCGAACAACACGCGACGACGCACACGGCCAUCGGCUGACCGACACGCACAAGACAAGACCGACACGCAGAUGUGUGUUUGGAGGGAAAAGGAGGAUGGGGUACCUGCAUGCACGGUUGUCUCGGUGGGCUCUUCCUCCUCGUCAUCGUCGUCUUCUUCCAUGUCGUCACUGUCGACGUCAUCUUGGUCGUGGUUGAUGAGUCGUGAUGACCUAGGCAGCAGCUGCAGCUUCUGGCUGCGGACGGCCUCGUCCAGCUUGCUCUCAGCAACCUGAUUGAUGAGUGAGAGAGGAGAGGAUGGGGACAUGCAGUUUCGCAUCCAUGCUGUUGAUGGAUGCCUCUUGUGUUCGGCAAUUGACCUGCAGGUUUCGGACGAGCGCGACGGCCUCAGGGAGGUCCUCCUCCUCGACCACACUGCAUGGAGCACAGCACCACACACACACACACACGCAUCCAUCCAUCCAUCCGCUCGUGUGUGAGUGUUGGUGCGCAUUCUGCCGCCACUGACUCGUCAGGUUCUCCAUUCUCGUCUUCCUCCUCCUCCUCCUCGUCGCUGUCCCCAUCGCUCUCCUCGUCCUGGUCCUCGUCUUCUUUGUCUUUACUGCCCGACGUGCCCGCCUGAAGCGCAUCGGCGCGAGUGAAGGCCACCUUGUGGUCGGGCAGCUUGAUGUACAUGGCGUCGGCGUCGAAUGCGACGGUGCCGACGUCACAGCCGGGGGCGUAGAUGGACCGGUGCCUGGCCUUCAGGGUCCGCAUCGUACGGCUGCCGACCUCGCCCUUCUUGCCAUCCUUCCGCACCCUGACCAGAAAACCAGCAGCACGACACACACAGAGGGUUCCUUCCAGCUGUCUGCUGCGUGUGCCGCAGAGAGCUGGGUCACCUGUUGUCCUCUGGUGGCUGGCACGGGUCAAGGCUCUCCGUGAUGUUGGUUAUCGGGAAGUCACCAGCUCCAGGAAUGUGCACCUGACAACCACACAUCCAUCCAUCCAUCACACAUUCGGUGACGUGACACCAGCCUGGCCCCGUGAGCAACUGUGCUGUCUGAUCUGACUGACCAUUUGUCCCUCUCUGAAUCUAGCGCCCUUGAUGUAGCCAUAGAACCAGGCAGUGCGGUCGUGUGUGGGCGGUAGGUGAGGUGGGGUCUGCUCCUCGAAGCGCAGUGACAGCAGGUAGGGGUGGGCCGACCGCCAUGAGAGGGGCGCGAACUUCUGCACCGCGACGAAACGGGCCAGGUUGGCGAUCUGACGCAUGCAAUGGAAUGGGAUGGGACAACAAGGCCACGUCGAUUUCCUUCAUGUGUGGUGUGUGGUGUGUGGUGUGUGGUGUGUGGUGGGCUCGGGCCGACCUCUGUUUUGUUGUAUCUGCCGUACUGCAGGCCGCUGAGGUAGAAGAGCUUAGCACCGUCGUAGAUCUCUGUCCAAAACCUGCAGAGGCGUGAGAUGGUCUGCUGCUCUGAUUCCCUCCCGCCCUUUCUGUCCUGCGUGCACACAAGACCUACCUGUUUUUCAUUUUUUUUUUGGUCUUGCGCAGCCUCUUGUUGUCCUGAAAGGAGUCGAGGUGGGUCAAUACGCCUGAUUGAUGAGAUGAGCCAUGGACAGGCAACAGGGCAGGAAUCCAUCCACCACACCACGAUGGCAUAGGGGUGUCUGUCAUGUGACCCACCCCCCACCUAGAAUCCGUGGGAAGCCGUGGACUUGUAGGAGGUUGAGGAACUCAAAGGUCUCCAUCUCAAAACUGCAACACACACACACACACACACAGAGAGAGAGAGACACAUCCAUGCAUUGCGUGCAGUCAUGGCGCGGCAUGGUAUACUGUACGCCAGCCAUCCCAUCCGCCCGGCUGUUCGUACCCGAAGCUUGCGUCGAUCAUCAGCAGCACGAGGUCGGCGAUCUUGGCUGCACCACAACAUCAACACACACACACACAGACACAGAGAGAGAGAUGGGCUGCGUGUGAUGUUUGCGGUCUGUACUGUAUAUGUCUGUUGGCUGCCUACCUACCCAGGUCUAGCAUGGUGUGCAUGUCCUUGGGACACUCCACAAAGGUCAACCGACGACUCUUGCCUGACAGACACACGAAUCAACGCAAAGGUCUAGAUAGCUCCGCGUGUCGUCUAUAGCCACCCACCCAUCUCUGUGUGUUUCGCUUACUGGACACGAGCGUGACGGGACCCCGCACAUCGCUGAGGGAGUGCUUGCAGUAGUGCUUCACCAGUGAACGGAUCAGCGUCGUCUUGCCAACCUGACCACACCACACCACACCACACCCCCGCAGAACAAUCAGCCAGCCGGUCAGCCAGUCGGCCCAGCACACCACACAUACCCUCCCUGUAUGUGUGUCACCCACCUUUGGCGGUCCCUGAACGACCACGAUGAAUGGCGGGGGGACGUCAGGUGUCUUGUCGAUCACCUCCGCUUUCUCCCGCUUGGCCUGCAACUCGAGCGACCGCUGGACUGUCCGACGGACACUCGUGGCACCGCCAGAAAAACUAAACGCCUGACGGACAGACACACGCACACACGGAUGCACCCAUACACGGAAAGUUUUGGCAAAUGCUUCCAUCUCGUAUGGAUUGUGCAGCUGACCCUUGGGUUGUGUCUGUCGGCGCUUUUGAGGUCCUUCUCCUUCUUCUCGCGCUUGACCUUGGCGCCGCCACUCUUGGGCUUGUGCUGCUUCUUCGCCUUCGCCUCACCGGAAUCCAUCCCUCUCUGCGAGAUCUUGAUCUGCCUUAUGAACCAAUGCGCUCAGCCUACAUUCAGAGCCGGAAAAAGAAAGGCACUCCUCUGCGG